AUGGCACCCCCAGGACCAGACAGUUUUAAAUACUUCACGCCAGAGUCGCUCGCUAACAUCGAGAAGCGCAUCCAGGAGGAGAAGAACAAGAAACCUCCGAAGCCGCGGUCCGACAGCAGUCACCGCGACACCUCCGACGACAAUGAGGCCAAGCCCAACAGCGACUUGGAGGCGGGGAAGAGCCUGCCCUUCAUCUAUGGAGAUAUUCCGGCCGGGAUGGUGGCCACGCCGCUGGAGGACCUGGACCCUUUUUAUAUGAACGCAAAAACAUUUAUAGUCCUAAACAAAGGGAAAACAAUCUUCCGCUUCAGUGCCACGCCCUCCUUGUACAUCAUAAGUCCUUUUAAUCUUCUAAGACUCAUAGCUAUUAAGAUUUUGAUACACUCAUUAUUCAGCAUGAUCAUCAUGUGCACCAUUUUGACCAACUGUAUUUUCAUGACAUUUAGUGACCCUCCUGAGUGGUCCAAGCAAGUAGAGUACACCUUCACGGGGAUCUACACUUUUGAGUCGCUCACUAAAAUUGUGGCUCGAGGUUUUGCGAUAGACGGCUUCACUUUCCUCAGAGAUCCCUGGAACUGGCUGGAUUUCAUGGUCAUCUCUAUGGCAUACGUCACAGAGUUUGUGGACCUGGGGAACGUAUCAGCGCUGAGGACAUUCAGGGUGCUGCGAGCGCUCAAAACCGUCGCUGUCAUUCCAGGCCUGAAGACCAUUGUGGGCGCCCUGAUCCAGUCGGUGAAGAAGCUGUCGGACGUGAUGAUCCUGACCGUGUUCUGUCUCAGUGUGUUCGCUCUGAUCGGACUGCAGCUCUUCAUGGGGAACCUCCGACAGAAGUGCGUCUUCUGGCCCAUCAACAUGACCGAGCAAUACCUGGCCAACGGCAGCCGCGGCUUCGACUGGGACGAGUACAUCAUGAACGACACUAACUUCUACUUCCUGCACAAUCAGCUGGACGCUCUUCUCUGUGGGAACAGCUCAGAUUCAGGCCGCUGUCCGGAGGGGUUCACGUGUAUGAAAGCCGGUAGGAACCCAAACUACGGCUACACCAGUUUCGACAGCUUCGGGUGGGCCUUUCUCACGCUCUUCCGACUCAUGACACAGGACUUCUGGGAGAAUCUCUACAUGCUGACGCUGCGGGCCGCGGGGAAAACCUACAUGAUCUUCUUCGUGCUGGUCAUCUUCGUGGGCUCGUUCUACCUGGUGAAUCUGAUCCUGGCUGUGGUGGCCAUGGCCUACGAGGAGCAGAACCAGGCCACCAUGGAGGAGGCGGAACAGAAGGAGGCCGAGUUCAAGGCCAUGUUGGAGCAGCUCAAGAGGCAGCAGGAGGAGACGCAGGCGGCUGCCAUGGCCACCUCGGCUGGGACCGUGUCGGAGGCGGCUCUGGAGGACGAGGGCGGAGGACACCUGUCCCGAAGCUCCUCCGAGGUCUCGCGCCUCAGCUCCAAAAGCGCCAAAGAGCGACGCAACCGCAAGAAGAAGUGGCGUCAGAAAGAGCAGGAGAAGGAGAAAGGGGACAGCGAGAAGGUGGUGAAGUCCGAGUCCGACGACGGGAGCAAACGGAGCACGCUACGAUUCCCCGGGACCAGGCUGGGGAGGAAGACGUCCAUCAUGAACCAGUCCCUGCUCAGCAUCCCCGGCUCCCCUUUCAUGUCGCGCCACAACAGCCGCAGCAGCAUCUUCAGCUUCAAAGGCCGCUCCAAAGACAUGGGCUCCGAGAACGAAUUUGCGGACGACGAACACAGCACGGUGGAGGAGAGCGAGGAGCGACGAGGCUCUCUCUUCAUCCCCUAUAGACGCAACAGCUACAGCGGGUACAGCCAGGGCUCGUCCCGCAUACACCCCCUGGCCCCGCCUCACCCUGGGGGAAAGCGGAACAGCACCGUGGACUGCAACGGAGUGGUGUCGCUGAUCGGACCGGGGCCAGGCCGGAGGCUCCUGCCUGAGACGACAGAUGUGGAGUUGAAGAAGAAGCACUCGGGCUCACUCAUGGUGUCGGUGGACCAGCUCAACUCCUCCUUCAAAGAAAAAGACCACACCAAGAGCCAGAUGAGCGUGGUCACCAACACUCUGCUCGAGGAGCUGGAGGAGUCUCAGCGGAAGUGCCCCCCCUGCUGGUACAAGUUUGCAAACGUCUUCCUGAUCUGGAGCUGCUGUCCCAUGUGGCUGAAGAUCAAACACGUGGUCUAUUUGAUUGUGAUGGACCCGUUCGUGGACCUGGCCAUCACCAUCUGCAUCGUCCUCAACACGCUCUUCAUGGCCAUGGAACACUACCCCAUGACGCCCGAGUUCGAAGGCGUGUUGGCCAUGGGAAACCUGGUCUUCACGGGGAUCUUUGCUGGGGAGAUGUUUGCGAAGCUGGUCGCCAUGGACCCGUACUAUUACUUUCAGGAGGGCUGGAACUGCUUUGACGGCUUCAUUGUGACGCUGAGUUUAGUGGAGCUGGGUCUGGCCGACGUGGAGGGUCUGUCUGUGCUCCGAUCCUUCAGAUUGUUGCGAGUCUUCAAACUGGCAAAGUCGUGGCCCACGCUCAACAUGCUGAUAAAGAUCAUCGGGAACUCGGUGGGCGCCCUGGGUAACCUCACCCUGGUGCUGGCCAUCAUCGUCUUCAUCUUCGCCGUGGUGGGGAUGCAGCUGUUUGGAAAGAGUUACAAGGACUGCGUGUGUAAGAUCGCCCAGGACUGCGAGCUGCCGCGGUGGCACAUGAACGACUUCUUCCACUCUUUCCUGAUCGUGUUCCGCGUUCUGUGCGGCGAGUGGAUUGAGACCAUGUGGGACUGCAUGGAAGUGGCGGGCCAAACCAUGUGUCUGACGGUGUUCAUGAUGGUGAUGGUGAUCGGGAACCUGGUGGUGUUGAAUCUGUUUCUGGCUCUGCUGCUGAGCUCCUUCAGCGCUGAUAACCUGGCGGCCACAGACGAUGAUGGAGAACCCAACAACCUGCAGCUCGCCAUGGCCCGGAUCCACAAGGGGGUGGCCUGGUUCAAACUCAACAUGAGAGCGGUGGUGGCACAGGUGCUCAAGAAGCCAAUCGAGGACGAGCAGAAGCCGCUGGACGACAUGUACGAGGAGAAGCUCAAGUGCAUCGCUAACCACGCGGUCGACAUCAACCGUGAGAUGGACUACGCCAAGAACGGCAACGGCACCACGAGCGGCAUCGGCAGCAGCGUGGGCAAAUACAUGAUCGACGAGGACUACAUGUCCUUCAUCCACAACCCCAACCUGACCGUGUGCGUGCCCAUCGCCGUGGGAGAGUCGGACUUUGAGAACCUCAACACAGAGGACUUCAGCAGUGAAUCAGACGUGGAGAACAGUAAAGACUUGGACGACACGAGCUCCUCUGAGGGCAGCACCAUCGACAUCAAGCCGGACGUGGAGGAGGUGGCCGUGGUGGAGGUGGUGGAGGAGUACCUCGACCCCGAGGCCUGCUGGACGGACGAGUGCAUCGCCAAAUACAAGUGCUGUGACGUGCCCAUCACUCACGGUUGGGGGAAGUACUGGUGGUUCCUCAGAAAAACCUGUUACCUGAUCGUGGAGCACAACUGGUUUGAGACGCUCAUCAUCUUCAUGAUUCUACUGAGCAGCGGAGCUCUGGCCUUUGAGGACGUUUACAUCGAGCAGAGGAAGACGGUGAAGAUCAUUCUAGAAUACGCAGACAGAGUGUUCACCUACAUCUUCAUCCUGGAGAUGUUGCUCAAGUGGGUCGCCUACGGCUUCGUCAAGUACUUCACCAACGCCUGGUGCUGGCUCGACUUCUUCAUCGUCGACGUGUCUAUAGUCAGCCUUAUAGCUAAUGCACUGGGCUACUCCGAUCUAGGCCCGAUUAAGUCCCUCAGGACACUGAGGGCCUUGAGGCCCCUCAGAGCCCUUUCACGUUUUGAAGGGAUGAGGGUUGUGGUCAACGCCCUGGUGGGGGCCAUUCCCUCCAUCAUGAACGUGCUGCUGGUGUGUCUCAUCUUCUGGCUCAUCUUCAGCAUCAUGGGAGUCAACCUGUUCGCCGGAAAAUACUACUACUGCUUCAACGAGACCGCAGAGGAGUACUUCCUGCCGGACGAUGUCAAUAACAAGUCAGAGUGCCUGGCGCUGAUCAGUCAGAACUACACAGAGGUCCGAUGGAAGAACGUAAAAAUCAACUUUGACAACGUGGGGUCCGGCUAUCUGGCUCUGCUGCAAGUGGCCACAUUCAAAGGGUGGAUGGACAUCAUGUAUGCUGCCAUAGACUCCCGAAGAGUGGGGGACCAGCCGGCGUACGAGGACAACUUGUACAUGUACAUCUACUUUGUCAUCUUCAUCAUCUUCGGCUCCUUCUUCACCCUGAACCUCUUCAUUGGUGUCAUCAUCGACAACUUCAACCAGCAGAAGAAAAAGUUUGGAGGUCAGGACAUCUUCAUGACGGAAGAGCAGAAGAAAUACUACAACGCCAUGAAAAAACUCGGCUCCAAAAAACCACAAAAGCCCAUUCCGAGACCACAGAACCAAUGCCAGGGGAUGGUGUUUGACUUUGUGACGCAGCAGGUCUUCGACAUCUCCAUCAUGAUCAUGAUCUGUCUGAACAUGGUGACGAUGAUGGUGGAAACAGACGAUCAGUCGGAGGAGACGGAGAAUGUGUUGUACUGGGUGAACUUCGUCUUCAUCGUGGUCUUCACUGGAGAGUUUCUGCUCAAGCUGUUUGCGCUCAGACAUUAUUACUUCACCAACGGCUGGAACAUAUUCGACGUGGUGGUGGUCAUCCUCUCCAUUGUGGGCAUGUUCCUGGCAGAUCUGAUUGAGAAGUACUUUGUGUCUCCCACUCUGUUCCGUGUCAUCCGAUUGGCUCGUAUCGGCCGAAUCCUGCGUCUGAUCAAAGGCGCCAAGGGCAUUCGGACUCUGCUGUUUGCCCUGAUGAUGUCGCUUCCCGCUCUGUUCAACAUCGGCCUGCUGCUCUUUCUGGUCAUGUUUAUUUUCUCUAUCUUCGGAAUGUCCAACUUCGGCUACGUCAAGCACGGAGCCGGAAUUGACGACAUGUACAACUUUGAGACUUUCGGCAACAGCAUGAUCAUUUUGUUCAUGAUCACGACUUCCGCUGGUUGGGAUGGACUCCUCUUGCCAAUUCUGAACUAUCCUCCCGACUGCGAUCCGAAGUUGGAAAACGCUGGAACUCCCUCCACCGGAGACUGCGGCAACCCCUCUGUGGGAAUCUUCUUCUUCGUCAUGUACAUCAUCAUAUCCUUCUUGAUCGUGGUCAACAUGUACAUCGCUAUCAUCCUGGAGAAUUUCAGCGUGGCCACAGAGGAGAGUGCGGAUCCGUUGAGCGAAGAUGAUUUCGAGACGUUCUACGAGAUCUGGGAGAAGUUUGAUCCGGACGCGUCACAGUUCAUCAGUUAUUCCAAACUUGAGGACUUCGCUGACGCCUUGGAACACCCUCUACGCGUCCCCAAACCAAACACGAUUGAGCUAAUCGCCAUGGACAUGCCAAUGGUGAGUGGCGACCGCAUCCACUGCCUCGAUAUCCUUUUUGCCUUCACUAAGCGAGUCCUGGGAGACAGCGGCGAGCUAGACAUGCUUCGGCAGCAGAUGGAGGAGCGAUUCGUUGCGGCCAACCCUUCCAAAGUGUCUUACGAGCCCAUCACCACCACUUUACGGCGAAAGCAAGAGGAAGUCUCCGCCAGGGUCAUCCAGAGGGCUUACCGCUCGUAUCUGGCCAGGCGUGGCUUCGUCUGCAAGCGCAAACCGGUCAAAAACAAGCCCGAAAACGAGGACAAUCAAGAGAAGAAAGAGGGAACUCCGUCUACUGCCUCCCUGCCUUCUUACGACAGCGUGACCAAACCGGGAAAACAGGAAGACAACGCGGAGGACAAGGGCGGGCGCAAGGAAAAAGGCCGAAACCAAAAAGACAUCAGGGAAUCAAAAUGCUAA